AUGAGCUGCUGUGACUGUGCCUCCAAACACUGCAAUGCAGAGGCCCCAAAACCCAAGAUCUUGGCUGUCAUUUUUGAUUUGGAUGGGACCCUUAUAGACACAGAGAGGGCUACAAAGGGGGUUUUCCAGGAAUUCUUGGCCAGGUAUGGGAAAGUUUUGGAUAAGGAAAGGGAAGAGAAGAAGAGUUUGGGAAUGACAUUGAAAGACUCAGCAACUUCUGUUGUUAAGGACUAUGGUCUCCCAUUGACCCCUGAUCAGUUUAUCCAAGAAAUCAUCCCCAUGUAUCAAGAAAAGUGGUUGUACUCGAAAGCUCUUCCUGGUGCUAAUCGCCUUAUCAAACAUUUCCAUGACCGUGGUGUGCCUAUAGCUCUUGCUUCGAACUCCUUACGAGAAUACAUAGAUGCAAAGAUCUCUCACCAUCGAGGUUGGAAAGAAAGGUUUUCGGUGAUUCUUGGCAGUGACCAGGUUAAAGCGGGGAAGCCCUCUCCAGAUUUAUUUGAAGAGGCAGCAAAGCAAAUGGGCAUGGAUGCAGUUCACUGCCUUGUGAUUGAAGACUCAGUGGUUGGUGUUAAAGCUGCCAAUGCUGCCCGAAUGGAGGUAGUGGCUGUUCCACCUCGUGGUGAAGCUACUUGUUCUUCCCUUGCAAAUACUGUGCUUCAUUCGCUUUUGGAGUUUCAGCCUGAGCAUUGGGGUCUUCCUCCAUUUGAAGACUGGGUAGAUAAUGCACUGCCAAUUGAACCAAUUUAUUUCAGUGGUCUCAAUGUCAAUGGGUUUGUCGGUGAAGUCACAGAGGAUGGAAGAUCAACUCUCCCUGACCAAGUUUGGGGAGUUUUCUUUGGUUGGGCUGUAGCUGAUAUGGAGAAGACCUACAGAGUUGUGGUUGGAAUUGGAUUAGAUUACAGUUCCUGUUCUCCUAAUAAAAACAUUCAAAUAUAUACAGUUGAUGGAAACAAUUGCUGUAUAUCCAAACAGCAAAUGAAACUGCUGCUUGUCGGCUACAUCCGGGGAUCGAAUAAGGAAAUUACAUCCAUGGAUGCAGAAACACUCAAGGAAUGUAAGUCUAUUGCGAGUGCUUCAUUGGAUCUGCCAAUAUUCAGUCACCAUGGUUGUGUGCCUCUGUAUCCAGAACCUUUUUCUGUGGAGGACAUGAUUGGCUGUGAUGAGAUACAACAAUACUGA